AUUAUCUAAAAAGUGAAACUCUUAACUGAACGAAGAUCUCGGGAUACAUUGUUAUUUAUAUUAUAUUGUAAUGUAAAAGUGUAAUUCAGUAAAAUUCAUACAUACGAAAAUGUUGGUCAGAAAGCUAACAAGAUCACUGUGGAGCACCCUAAGAGUCGAGAAAAGAUUUUUGGCUUCAGAACCUGUGAAACCUGCUACUCUAGAUAAGGAUGGUCUGGAAUUAGCCCAGGCAGAAGCUUUAGAUAAAGAUAUUUGCCUGCUAGUUGAUGAAAAGGACAACUUCAUAGGAACGGCUACAAAGAGAGAAUGUCAUAAAGUAGGACCUGAUGGUGAUGUGCUACUCCAUAGAGCAUUCAGUGUUUUCCUCUUCAACAAGAGAGGUGAUAUGUUCCUUCAGAGGAGAUCAAGCCAAAAAGUAACAUAUCCCGAUUACUACACAAAUGCUUGCUGCAGCCAUCCACUGUACAUAGAUGAGAAGCCCGAGGAAAUCAUAACGGCAGCCAGACGUAGGAUGAACCAUGAACUGGGAAUCCCACUAGAUCAGUUGGACCCGGAACUGUUUACGUUCAUGACCCGCGUGCACUAUCACGACCCGGGUGAUGGAGUGUGGGGCGAACACGAGAUCGACCACAUACUGUUCUUCCAAAGCGACGUUAAGGUCAAGCCGAACUCGGACGAGAUCUCGGAGUAUUGUUUCGUGCCCAAAGCAGAGUUUAAUUCGUUCCUUCCAACCUUGGAGGGUCCGAUAACGCCGUGGUUCAACAUGAUCCGCCGCCACCGAUUGAAACUCUGGUGGGACAACUUGCACCGCAUCAAAGAGCUCGCCGAACCGGAGAAAAUACAAAAAUUUGUUGAUAAAAAAUAACGUAAGUCUAAAGUAAAAAUUAUGAGUGUAACAAUGGUAGGUAAGUCGGACACGUGGGUGCCGAGGAAUAUGAAAAAUAGGUUUUCAACUGAACACAUGAAUUUAGUGUUUUAUAAAGUCUUUGUUUCCUCCUUCGAAACUGGACUUUUUUCUCAAUAAUACUUAAACCCUUUGACUGCCAUAUAGAUCACCGGUGCCCUCCGCAGAGAGCUGAAGUAACUAUGUCGAUUUCUGUUACUAAUGCUCCUGGAUUGCCUAAAUUUGCCUUCUUUUGUUUUUAAUGUAUGUUUUUGUCUUUUAGGUCUCUUAGAUUAAUUCUCAGUAUCUUCGUAUUAGUCUUUCCCAGAACUACUAGAUACUCCGAUGCCUUAGUAACAGAAAUCGACAUAAAUACCUUAGUGCGCCACGUAGGGAACUAGUGACUUACACAGCAGUCAAAGCGUUAAGAACCUAACAAAUGUGUUUUCUGAAUGUCUGACAACGGAAAAAAUAUGUGUGGUUUUUGUAUAUUCAGAAAGUUCUGGAAUACUUUUCAAAAAUGUCAAACAGACUUCAUUACGUGUUCUAGUAUCGGUCUAUAGGGAAAUGAGUUGAUUUCAAUAAUUAUAUUAUGUUUGGAAGGAAAACGACACGUCGACACCCGCGUUUCCUACUAAGAGUAAUAAGUAAUAUAGAUUUUGUAUCAGUGUUUUAGCAAGUGUACCCUUUUAAAACAAAAUCUAAUUUAACACCAAUGUACGGGUCCAUUCUAUAUGAGUAGACAAGGUAUGUCAUGUGACCGGGAGGAAAAAGGUUUAUGAAAUGAAAAAAAAACGAUAUUUUCAUUAUUACCGUAGAUUGGAGGUAAUCGGGACCCUUUCCAAAUCCAAUACAAAAUUUUAAAUGUUUUUCUUAGGGUAAUACCAAUAAAAUUGAAUUUAAAAUGGUUCCGAAGACUUAAUUUUUGAUAUACGAUGCGUUAUUAUACAUAGUUCAUUACAAAAUAUACACAAAAAAUGAAAAAACUAGCUUGACCCGAUUCACCUUGGCUUUGGGGUGAAUUAGGUUACGUAUGGGGACAAUAGAGUUUUUCGAUAGGGCUGGCACUAUUUAGUUGUUAGUUGUUGUACCUAACUUUACGUAAUUAACUUUUUUAGUUGUACUUGUCGUAAUUAAAUUUAAUAUCUUUAAUAAAUUACGAAACUUUGAUGACUAAAUUAAUCUAUUACUAAAUAAAACUAAUUUCCAGUUCAACAAAGUUAGAUCUAACAACUCAACAAAAGUAUUGUGACAUCCCAGAUUUGUCCCUAUUCUAACUCUAGUCUCUAUUCCCCCCGAUCUACGGUACUUCUAGUUAUGUUACACCACUAUUUAGGUAUAAUACAUUGUCACAUGUAUACAUAAAUAGUAUGUUAGAAAAAGAAAUGCUGUGGUUGGAUCAUAUAAUAUAGUUGUUUUUUCAACCGUGAGGACUGCAUCCUUGAUAUUUGCAAACACUGACACAAAACCUCGUUUGGGAUGGAUAGUCUGCAGCUGCCCAGAGGCCUUUCCGGUUUCACCAACCUGUCUCGUUUUCUAUUAAUUAUUUAUCUUAUAUAUAGUCUUGUAAACUCUGCAUUUAUUUACUUUGAAUAUUAUAUUAUAGCGAAUAUUGACUAUGUGUUUCUGAGUUUUGUUAUAUUCAAUACAAAAUAAUUCAUGUAAACUAUUUAUAAAUAAAUUGUUAUUCAUUGUAA